UUCUUAUGUAAUCCACAAUGGUGAAUAUAAAAUUGGCAAAAAAGUUGGCAAAUGGGAGACUUUAUAAAAAAAAUUAGGAAAUAUACUUUCACUGAAGAUGAUGUAAAAAUAUUUAAUUAUAUUAUAUUUAGAGGUGGAGGAAGUUAUGAUGAAGGAAAUCAAGGAUUAAAAAUUGAUUAAUGGAUUGACAUUGGCCAUAUAUUUUAGAGUGCAUAAGUGACUUAUAGUGGCGAAUAUAAAUAAGGAAAUAAAAUUGGAAAAUGGGAUAGCUGGUGGAAAUCAAAAUAUCAAUAGAAUCUAAAGAUGUAAUUAAUGAUAUUCAACAAUUUGUAAAUAGCGGUGGCGGAUAUUAUGAUAAAGGAGGUCAAAGUGAUAAAAUCGGGUUAUGGGUUGACAUUAGCGAUGAAUUUUUUGAAGAAUCAUAAGUAAUUUUUAAUGGUGAAUAUAAAAAUGGAAAAAAUUGGCAGAUGGGGUAUUUGGUUAAGAAUUUAGCAUCGCCUAGGAAGGAAUAUUGGGAGAAAAUAGAUGUAAAUAAUUAUUAAUAAAAUAUUUUAUUUCUAAUCAAGUGGAGGUGGAGCCUAUAAUGAAUUGGGUUAAAAAAUUGGUAUUUGGAUAGAGAUUAGUGAUGUAUU